AUGUCAGUACCAGAAGGGCGCAUCAUCUCGCAACCGGCAAUCUACGACUGUUUCAAAGACAGACCUGAGAUCGAACCCAACAGUGACAUCUCUGGCCUUGGUAUUCUUGCCGGAUUCUUGGGAACAGCUUACUUGGCGGUUGUCAUCAUCACGGCACACUUUUUCCUAGCCUACGAUCCGAAUAAACGUCCCGACCAUGGGAUAGUUACUUCUGACCAAGACUGCGAGACGCAACAACUACAACCAAGCAGAGUGCAGAAUUUACGUCGGUCGGUGACUUCAUCGACGAAUGCCAUCAACAAUCUGCACUCCGAAGGACCAAUACAGCGCCGUAACGAAGACUACCCUCCCUCUUCCAGCCAGUUCGGAAGUCUAGCACUUCAAGAGGGUGUAACGACACCACGUGGGGGUCAAGAUCUGCUCGACCACCAGACACAAUGCAUUUGUGAGGCUGAAUGCGACAAAAAGUGGUCUCCCAAUCCUAUUGAUCAGCUCAUUUUCGGAAACGAAUUCGGUCGGUGGCUCUUUCCGAAACGAUCAUCGUUACAGGAUCCGGAUCCAUUCGCACGAGAUAUGCGAAAAGCCUUUGACCAUUACAUCCUAGCCUUCUGCGACGGUCAAUCAAUUACCGGCCUUGCGAUUCUAUUAAGCGCCUUCGCGAUGCUGGGAGGGCCUUCUGGCAUAUCUGCGUAUCACUGGCAGAUCGCUGUCCUCUUGGCAUGGCUUGCCAACAUCACGCACCUCGUUGGUCUUACGUUCUUGCAGGGUUACUUGCGUCAACGACCUUUGCAUCGAAACGUCCGUCUGGUUCCUACAACAAUAUUGCUAAUCCUCCUUCUCGUUGCGCUCUUCCCUACCGGAUGGUUCAACUGGUCGUAUUUGGACAGGCACUGGGGUGCCAAUCCCGCAAGCCCUUCCUCCUACGCUCGCUGUUUCUUCAACGUCCAGACUGCUACUCAGAGAGCACUAGACUCAAGCGAUAUGCGUGUCGGCUUUCCGGAAGGCUCUGGCUCGUCAAUGAUCUUUAGUAUGCUUUUUCUGAGCACGAGCUUUGGAAUUCGCCUCAUCAAGCUAUCGCGUCGCGCUUCCAAUUUCUUUCGAAAUGUGGUUCGACGUAGUGCUCGUCGACGGCUGCGUCAGCUUGCACUGGAUACCAUGGCCCGUUUUGAGACAGCAUCUCCCAGACUGAACUUUGUCCGCCAAUACUUCUUCGUCAAUUUCCUCAUCGCCAUACUCAUGACGGCACGCAUAUAUACGGAUGUGGCAACGUCGACCUUCUCCGAGGUUCUGUUCGCCUGGGUAGCGGUUCUUUGGGUAACUAUCCGCAUUUUCGCGACUCGAGCCUCGGUGCAUCUUGACGAAAAUGACUUUACAUUCGGUCAGAUUGUUGCCGUCCUGCUGCUCAUUGGACCUACCAUCACCGCCGCUUUGACCGCCUGGCCUCUGUUGCCACGACGUCGUACGCCUCAGGACUGCCGGCGCACCCGUCUAGCCCCUUUUUCAUGGCUGAAAGAAGGGAUCGUUGCUUGGGCAACAUCUUUCAGCACCCCCCAAUACAGAUUUGACGCAAACGAACCAAUCAACCACGUCAUGUGUCACCACAAGAAACCGCUCCAGUUGGCGAACAAGUCUAUGAGCUACCAAGCUCCCUGGACCGACGUCAUCGUGUUUAUCGUCGUGGUGAACCUUGUCGGGUGCUCAAUUGCUAGCAUCAGGCAUACUACUCUCUUCAUGGAACACACCCCCAAUGGUCUUGGUUUUCUACAGUGUCGGGAGAAGACGUUACUGGCAGUGAUCCAAAUGGAGAGUCGAACUACAUGCCAACUGUCUGACGAUGAAAUAUGAUGCCUUACACUAGGUACUGGCGUCCAAGGAAAGAAGCAGCCGCUAAACUUUGACCCGAAACGCGGAAAUAG